GCAGAUCCGAUGGCCACAAACCCCCCCUCCCUCCUCCCCGCACGAAUCUCGAUGCACCCGACGAGAUGAACACCCCCAUCAAUUCAAAUCGCCGCGGGUAAUCGCCUCCAAAUUAAUCCCCAAUUCCCCGGAGAAAAACCAGAGAUCGCCAUCGCCAUUGCCGCCUCCUCCUCCUCCUCCUCGAAUGGCGAGAUCGGUGGGCGGCGGCAGCGGCGGUGGCGGGGAGCGGCCGGGGAGCGCGCCGAUGCGGCUGUGCGUGCACGUGCUGGAGGCGCGGGGGCUCCAGGCGGCGUACCUCACCGGGCACAGCGACCCCUACGUGCGGCUGCAGAUGGGGAGGCGGAGGGCGAAGACGACGGUGGUGAAGAGGUGCCUCAGCCCCCUGUGGGACGAGGAGUUCGGGUUCGCCGUCGGCGACGCCGAGGAGGAGCUCGUCGUGUCCGUGCUCAACGAGGAGGGGUACUUCGGCGGGGGGUUCCUGGGGCGGGUCAAGGUGCCCCUCUCGACCGUCAUGGCGGCGGACGGCCUCUCCCUCGGCACGGCGUGGUACCACCUCCACUCCAAGGGCGGCAGGUUCAGGAAGAAACGGCGCGUUGCGGGUGAAAUUCGCUUGAGGAUUUACUUAUCUAGGACAGCCAUUUGCGACGAACCGAGAAACAUGCCAAUGCAACUUAUCAAUGAUACACCAUGCAGCUCAAUGAGGUCAGUUGGAACCACUGCCUCGUCCUUAUCAGCGAGGUCAGUAGGAACCACUGCCUCGUCCUUAUCAGCGAGGUCAGUUGGAACCACUGCCUCGUCCUUAUCGGCUUCUGUUAGUAGCCUUGAUCUGUCAGCCUGUCCUAGCAUGGAAAGGGCAUCCUGCAGCAGUAUGGAUAAGUUGAGCCAGGGCAUCAUGGAUCAGCAAGGCCGUCGAAGCCCAGGGCAACUGUCUUGUAUCAGCACAGAAAGAUCUAUUCUUUUGGAGCCCGAGGAAGAUGACAAUGAUGCCACCACCAAUGCAUCAUCAGUAGUGGAAGUCAUGUCUCGCUACUUUUGUCGGAAACCUGUUGACGCCGCACCUUCUGCCACAUCAGAUCAUGAGCAGUUUCAAGAUACACAAAUGAACUCUGAAUCUUGUGAAAAUGGUGAUAAUGGGGCGCUCCCUGAAACUAGUUUAAAUGAGCUAAUGAAAUCCCUGGAGUCUAAAGAUAAAGGUUCUGAAAUGCCAGAAAACUUGCGUGGUGGUAUACUCGUGGACCAAUCUUAUGUUCUUCAACCAACUGAAAUGAAUUCCAUGUUGUUUUCUGCACAUUCAGAUUUCUGGCCAGCAGUUGCAGAAGUUCAAGGGUUAAGCGGAUUCCAAACUGACCCCUGGAAACUUGUAAGCAAUGAUUGUUUGAAAAGAACUUUAAGUUAUACAAAAGCUGCAAGCAAAUUAGUUAAAGCUGUAAAAAUUACUGAAGAGCAGACAUACUUAAAGGCAGCUGGAAAUUCUUUUGCUGUUCUUUCCAGUGUUAGCAGUCCUGAGGUUCCCUGUGGUAAUUGUUUCAAGGUGGAGAUUCUGUACUGUAUAACACCAGGUCCACAGUUGCCAUCUAAAGAACAAACAUCACAUCUUACUAUAAGUUGGCGUCUGAACUUUGUCCAGAGUACAAUGUUGAAAGGGAUGAUCGAGAGCGGGACAAAACAAGGACUCCGAGAGGGAUAUGCACAGUUUACUGAAGUACUGUCCCAGAAGACCAAAGUGAUUGCGCCUGAUGAUUCUAACUUAAGCAAAGACGAGAUUUUAAGCUCAUUGCAGACACAGGAAGAAUCAAUUUGGAAACUGGCUGCCCGCUUCCUUGGAAACUUUGCAUUCAUAUUCUCUCUCUGUAUAGCACUGUAUGCCACUGCACAUCUUCGUCUAGUUAAGCCAAAUAUGGUGCAUGGGCUCGAAUAUUUUGGUAUUGAUCUCCCAGAUUCAAUUUGGGAGGUUGUAUUUUGUGCCAUUUUGAUAAUUCAGGGGCAGAAUAUCUUCAAAUCAGGACGGCGGUUUUUGUAUGCAUGGAAACAAAGAGGUAGUGAUCAUGGGGUGAAAGCUCAUGGUGAUGGUUGGUUGCUGACUGUUGCACUUAUUGAGGGAAGCGGUGUAGUAGGUUCAGGUACACCUGGCUUGCCUGAUCCUUAUGUUGUUUUUACCUGUAAUGGAAAGAGGAAAACAAGCUCAGUUAAAUUCCAGACAUCCGAACCGAAAUGGAACGAGAUAUUUGAAUUCAAUGCAAUGGAUGAUCCUCCAUCAAGGUUGGAAGUAGUUGUGCAUGAUUCAGAGGGACCACAUAAUAAAAUUCCUAUUGGUCAAACAGAAGUGAACUUUUUGAAAAACAAUUUGUCAGAUUUGGGUGACAUGUGGCUUCCUCUUGAUGGAAGGUUUCCCCAGGGAUGUGAGCCUAAGUUACACUUGCGAAUCUUUUUGAACAACUCGCGUGGGACUGAAAUUGUUAUGAAUUAUCUGGCAAAGAUGGGGAAAGAAGUAGGUAAGAAGAUACACCUGCGGUCUGCUCAGACAAAUUCAGCGUUCCGUAAGCUCUUUAGUCUUCCUCCAGAAGAAUUUCUUAUCGAUGAUUUCACUUGUUAUCUAAAGCGGAAAAUGCCACUUCAGGGGCGCAUUUUUCUCUCCUCAAGAAUACUUGGAUUCUAUUCCAAUAUAUUAGGCCGAAAAACCAAAUUUUUCUUUCUUUGGGACGACAUUGAUGAUAUCCAGGUUGCUCCACCAACCCUAGCAAAAGUUGGAAGUCCAUCCUUGAUGAUCAUUCUCCGCAAGGACAGAGGUCUAGAAGCCAGACAUGGAGCCAAAACACUGGAUCCUCAAGGAAAACUGAAAUACCAUUUCCAGACAUUUGUUUCAUUCAAUGAUGCUCACAGAAUUAUUAUGGCACUUUGGAAAAUGAGGUCAGUGGAUCCAGAACAGAAGGGAGAGAUGAUUGACAAAAAUUCUGAACUGAAACAGCUCCCUUGUGAAGAAGGUUCUCUAUUAGCCAAUGAAGAUGUGAAAAUGUCAGAAGUCUACUCGGCGGUUCUUUCUGUUGAUAUCAAUUCCUUGAUGGAUAUGUUCUCCGGAGGUCCAUUGGAGCACAAGGUGAUGCAGAAAGCUGGUUGCGUCGAUUACUCGCCUACAGAAUGGGAGCUACUAAACCAAAACAUAUACCAGAGGCAAAUCAGCUUUAAGUUUGACAAAAUCUUGUCGCGCUUUGGAGAGGCAUCAACCACUCAACGAAAAUAUAACUUAGCGAAUCGAGAUGGGUGGGUCAUUGAGGAGGUGAUGACCCUCCAAGGAGUCCAACAUGAAGACUACUCCAGUAUCCAGCUCAAGUAUCAGAUGACUAGCACGUCCUUAAAACCAAGCACCUGCAGCAUUCAGGUAUUGUUAGGGAUUGCCUGGUUGAAGGGAGCUAAGCAGCAGAAGAAGGUUGUGAAGAAUGUUAUGUCGAAUUCUGCCAACAGGUUGAGGGAGAUAUUUUCAGAAGUUGAGAAGGAGCUUGCAUCAAAAAAAGGUGUGAGCUGACAUCCCGUGCAAGAUGAGUAGUAGAUUGAUUCAUGUGUUCUGAACAAUUAGAAGACUAAACGAAGGCAGCAAAGCUCAGUAGCCAACACGAUCUGUGUUAGCUCGACGGUAUCACUGCUUCCUUUAGCUCUGUUCACUCUUCUGCUGCCAACCUAUCGCCUAUGUAAAAUUGUGAAUACCUUGAUAGGAAUCCAACAAAUUUGCAUAUACAUAUUUAAAACUGUAAACACGUGAUUACAGAAUGGAACGAAAAGAAUGAACUUAUUUCUGGUGGCAGUAAUUUUCUAUAAAGAUAUUUGACCCAAAGUCGUGUGAUAAAGUGUGCCCUUUAUGUUCUCAUAUGUGAUUCACCUUGUAAAUAAUUACCGGAAUUUCGAGUUGUAAGUAAGUGAGAUUUUCUUUAUUUUCAAAAGAUCUUAAAAGGACUUCCAUAGGAGUCACGAAUUACAGAACA